UUCCCCAGAUGUGAAAGCGUGCUCGCUGUCGUGUAAUCAAUCGUGUUUGCGAUUUCAAGAAAGACCCUGCUGCUUGAGAGCUCCAAAUAGACUACGCAAGCAGGCAGGCUGUCUCUCUCUCGAACAAAUCUUACGAGAGGCCUUUUCCUCCUCCGACGAUGAGAGAGGCCCUGUCCGAUUCGCCGCCGCCAACACCGGAUAUUGCGUCCCGCUUCCCGUUAAGCUUACUCAAUUACGAGACCAUUCCGCCCGCUCCGUCCCGACCCAUUUCUGGAUCCGAGCCGCCGGCUGAUUUUCUACUGGACUUUGUCGGCCACUCAUGGAUCGCUUACGGCGCCUCCUCUCUCCUUGUAAUCUCUCACUUUCCAAAUCCUCUAUUGGAGGCCGAAACAAAAAUUGGCCCUAUUUAUCGACAAGUGAUAGAGCUGUCGACAGAGGCCGCUGCCGAAUGCGUCUCGGCGGUUUCUUGGUCUCCCCUCACGCCUUCCGUCGGAGAACUCGCUGUGGCAUUGGGUGAUCGUAUUGUGUUAUUAAGCUACACUGAAGAAGAGAAGUGGAGCGGUUCUUUUUGUUGGAGCCAGACUGCGGUGCUUGUACAAUCCAUGAAGGUGGAGGCUAUGAAAUGGACAGGUUCUGGAGAUGGGAUAGUUUCUGGAGGCAAUGAGGUGGUGAUGUGGAGGAGAAGGGAUAAAUCAUGGGAACUAGCUUGGUCAUUCAAGCCAAAAGUUACUCAAGUGCUUGUCUCUACCACAUGGUCUGUAAAUGGGUUUUCGGCUACAGCAGCACAGAGUAAACUGAAACUUGGGGGUUCAUCAUCUCCGUCAAAUGAGGCAAUAAAAUGUGUUCUUGUCUGUCAAGGUGAUGGACAAUCCCCAUACCCACUUGCUGAACUGCACCAUCCAAUGCCUGUUAGUAUGAUUCAAUGGAGACCAUCAACAGGAAAACUAUCCAGUAGACAUAUCAGGCAUGCAUUCAGGCCCGUCUUGUUAACUUGCUGCCUUGAUGGAGCUGUUAGAUUGUGGGGUGAAAUUGAUGAUGGGAGGAUUAGAAGAGCUGGAAAGGAUGGUAAUGACCACAAAGCUGCGGAGUUAUCUUUUUGUGUUAUUGCUGUCAUUGAGGUAAAUCAAAUUGUAGAUGGCUUGUUAGGCUUUGAUUUUUUUGUUCAUUGGUCAACAGAAGUUGAAGGUGUGGCCUUUCUUGGUGGAAAAAAUUGCUACCUUUCAUGUUCUGAUGAUCUUCGAAAUGAUACUGCUGGUCGAUGUGAGUGGUUAAUUGGCUUUGGUCCUAAAAAUGUAGCAAUAUUUUGGGCUGUUCACUGUCUUGAUGAUUUUGCUCCUGUGCGGUUUCCAAGGGUUACCUUAUGGAAGGAACACCAGUUAGCCAGUUUUGAAAUGGAGUCUACUCAAUUGCUUAUUCAUAAAAUUUUGAUGAUGAGGACUCAAGAUUCUGGACCACCUGUUGAUUGCUCUUUGGUUCACUUGUUGCCUAAUAAUUCUUUUGCCUGGAUUCAUUUGUAUUCUCAAGCAUCAACUAACUUUGAAAGGAAUUCCACAAAUGACACUAAUUCUGAAAAUCCUUCAACAAAGUGUGCCAGAAGGUUAUUAGAAGUUGAGGGUCACACUGGAAAAGUUAUUCAAUUGGCAAUUCAUCCUUUUUCUUUUGAAGUUGAACUUGCUGCCUCUUUAGAUGGAAAUGGCAUGCUUCUUUUCUGGUCACUUUCAACGUUCUUCAAUAGCCAUAUAGGCCUACCGGUAUCAAGUCCAUCCUGGAAAUUUCGAGGAAAAUCUUUUUUCGAUAAUUCUGCAAAGUACACAUGCAUGUGCUGGGCUCCAACACUGCUAGGCAGGGAUCAAGUUCUUCUAAUGGGAUAUGCAGGUGGAGUUGAUUGCUUUGUAGUCUACGCUUUGGACAGCGAUGAUGAAAAAAUCCACAUUCAAAAGUUAUUUUCUAUUCCUUUCAAUAGUGGACAUCAUGAACAAAGUCCAAGUACUAUCUGCUCAAUUCCACUGCCAUCUAUCUGCAACGGGAAACUUGUUCAUAGUAAAUUUCUUCUUUUUUCUAUCUGGAUGGAUGAUUUUAGGGCCUUAUCAUGGGAAAUCACAAUUCAUUGUAGUGAGUUACAAGGAAGCUUUUGUUCUGAGCAUUUGCAAAACUUUGAGUUUGAAGUUUCUGAUAAGAAAUACUUUGUCACAAUUGAUCCUUCUUCAUCGGAUUUUCCUGCACCACACAAUGAUGACAAAGUUACAAGUUUUGCUGUUGUUUGCCCCAGUGAAUGGACUUGGACUGUAGAGCAAAAGCUGAGUUAUGAUGAAAUGGGCCCCUGUGGCUAUGUAUAUCAUAUUGUAACUGGUUGCAGUAAUGGCACUUUAAAACUGUGGAGAAGCAUGCCAUAUCAGUCCCAGACAUUGGAUACGAAUUGGUGUCUUGUUGGUGUGCUUACUUCUGCAGAUACCCCUAUCUUGGAAAUAUCUCCUAGUGCUUGUUGCCUAAAUAUUGCUACUGUUUCCAAAACAAGUAGACCAAAUCAUACUAGUAUCCUUUCCAUAUGGGAAUGCAUGUACAUCCAGAGUGCUGGCAGUUUCAUGCUAGAUGAUAAACUAUAUUUUGAUGGAGAGAUUGUUGCAGUAAAAUGGCUUAGGUUGGGAAAUGGUCAGCUAUUACUUGGGGUAUCUCUACGAAAUGAGUUGCAUAUAUAUGUCCGGAGACGGCAUGGUGGCCAAUACAUUCUGAAAUGUGAGAAACCUUUGGAAGGAAAUUCUUGGGUUUGUAUUGCAGUCAGUGGUGCUUUGCCUGCCAUUUAUGACUUCCUUUGGGGACCUAAGGGCACUGCUGUGGUGGUUCAUGAUGAGUAUUUUCGCCAUUUUAGUCACUUUUUAUCAUUAUCUGAAUAUACUGGCUCAAAUAAACAUGCACACUCUACAAUAUUUGCUGAUCCUAAACAAUCACAAAUACAAAUGGUUGGAGGACUAUAUCAUUCACAGUCGACUGCAAAGAUGAAAGGUACAUGCGGUUUGGAAUCGAUUAUAAAUGUUGAAAGUUCUCCAUCAAACUACAAGAGAGGUACCGGGUUAUGUUUCUGGAGCAUGUCAGUAAUAGCAGAAGUCAUAGGUGGAUCUCUGCCUCUAUUUCACCCUGAGGUCCUCUUGAUUAAUUUGUAUACAGGUAACUGGAAACGUUCACUUAUAGUACUGCACCAUCUUGUUAAGCACAUUGGGUCCAAAAAUUUUUCGAAACUAGGAUAUGGUGCUAAAAUGCCAAGGAAUAUAAUUUUCCCUGUUCCACUGUCAAAUUAUUUUGAAGGGAUGCUUCCAUCCAGUUCCGGUGAAAAAUCAUUUCAGUGGAGCAUUUCACCAUUUCAAACAGGGAAGGCAGAAUAUACUUCAUUUGGUGGUUAUGGUGCUCUGAGUACUUCUCUAUCUUCUUCACCACAAUCUGAAUUUGACAAUUUCAUUGAAGCACUUGAGAGAUUGUAUAAAUAUACAUAUAUAACUGAAGUUGAAAAGUUACAGGCUAUUGCCCUAAUUGAUCUUCUACGAGAAGUUAGUAGUCAUCAUUCGAAAUGUGCAUACGGAAGCCUUGAUGAACCUGGUAGAAGAUUUUGGGUUGCAGUUAGGUUUCAGCAACUAUAUUAUGCCCGAAGAUUUAAUAGGUUGCCACAAGUGGAAGAGAUUGUUGUUUCUUCAGAGCUGAUUGGGUGGGCUUUUCAUUCAGAUUGUCAUGAUAAUUUGUUUGAUUCCUUACUACCUACGGAGCCAACUUGGGACGAAAUGCGUAGCAUAGGUGUGGGAUUUUGGUAUUCAAAUGUAUCUCAGCUACGGGCUAAGAUGGAACGAUUAGCUAGACAAAGGUACAUGAAAAAUAAAGAUCCAAAGGCCUGUGCACUGCUUUACAUAGCAUUGAAUAGGGUUCAAGUUUUGUCUGGCUUGUUUAAAAUGAGCAAAGAUGAUAAAGAUAAACCAUUGGCGGGAUUUCUGUCUAGAAACUUCCAGGAUGAUAGAAAUAAGGAAGCUGCUCUUAAAAAUGCUUAUGUACUUCUGGGGAAACAUCAACUAGAGCUUGCAAUAGCUUUCUUUUUGCUUGGAGGAGAUGCAUCUUCUGCUGUCACAGUUUGUGCUAAAAACCUUGGAGAUGAGCAACUUGCUCUUGUAAUUUGUCGUCUCUUGGAGGGGCAUAGAGCCCCCCUUGAGCGCCAUCUUAUUUCAAAGUCUCUCCUCCCAUCUGCAGUAUCAAAAGGUGACAUUUGGAUGGCAAGUUUUCUGGAGUGGGAAUUAGGGAACUAUUCUGUAUCAUUCAUGAGAAUGCUUGGUGGUGAAAUGGGAUCUGAGGAUAAUAUUUCACUUCUUUCAUCCUCUCAUGUUUCUUUUCUAGAUCCGAGUGUUGGUCAACAUUGCUUUAUGUUGGCUUUGAAGAAUAGCAUGAAAAAUGCUAUUGGGGAAUUUAAUGCUACCAUUUUAUGUCGGUUGGCAGCUUUGAUGAGUUUCACUUCCCUUAGCAAAUGUGGCUUGCAUCUUGAAGCUCUGGAGUGCCUUUCCUCAUCAUCUAAUCUCUUUGGUGGCUCUACCCAUGGGAUUCAGAUGCACAGCCCAACAUGCAGUAUUUUUGAUAUUGUGAAGCCAUCUCCAGAUAAAAGUUCCUCAAACUGGAUAAAGGAUGAUGAUAGCCAUUUUAUAUCUCAUUUUAAGUUACAUUUGGCUAUGCAAUACAUGUCAAAUGUGUUAAGAGAGCAUCCAAGUUGUGCAAACAUCGACAAACCCUUUUCUGAAGAGUUUGUUAACAGUGUAAUUGACUGUCAGGGAUAUCAAAACUUGCUAAAGGAAUUUCAAGAUGAAUUGACUGCAACUAUUGCCUAUUUUCAGCAGAAAUUUUCACUGGUUCCUUACCAUCUACUUAGUAUGAUCCUGCUAUAUUUGCAUUGUAACGGUCUUACGAUUGUUGGACAUUCUAUAUUGCAAGACUGUCUCAGAGAGUUUCUUCCACAAGGAAUGUGUAAUGGAACUCAGAAUUUGAUUUUCUCUUCAUCCAAUCUCCUCUUGAAAGCUACAGAAGAAGUUUCCAGCUUAUUUGUGAAAUAUGUUGCUGAAGCUUGUAAAAAUUGCUAUUCCUCCACAUUGUUUGCUAGUAAUAGGCUUUCUGCUGAUGGCAAGUUUUUCUGGCUUUCUGCCUGGGGAUUUUCCAAUCAAGGCAUAGUAUGGUCGUUUUGGCACUUAAGAGCCAUGCUGCCGCUGUUUCUCAGAUUCAAUUCAGAAGAAUUUUAUAUGUUACUCUCCUCUUUCCUGGAUUUGUUUGAAUUCAAGAUACUUUUUGCUUCAGCGUGGCUUCAAAAGAAUUUCAAGGCUGUUCUCGAAACUGUUAGACCUAUCCUUGUCACAUUCAUUAAAGGGAGAUCUCAGCAUGAGAUCAAGAUGACAGAGCUAAAAACACUUUCUACUGAGAUUGUGAAAUUGCUCACACAUGAUUUGUCUGGUUAUGAUUUAGGAGUGUAUGUUGGAAACAAUGGAAAAAAUGAACAACACAGUGAGGAGGUUCCAGUUGACAAGAUCUGGCAUAUUAUGACUGCUUCUUUAUGGAUGCAUAUGUCUGAAUUCCUACAUCAUCAGCUCAGUGCACUGUCUGAAGAACUUGGUGAAAGUCUCCCUUCACCUUCCCUUUCUCCAUCAGAUUGUAACAGCAAUAAUUUAAGGAUGCAAUGUGUCUCAGUUUCAGGCAUUUUAACUGAUAAUUUAAAGUUUGCAUGCAUUGGUGUAUCCUCUUACUGUUCAAAGCAAUUUGCAGCAUUCCUACUUCAUGUUACAAAGGAAUCAAGCCAACUCAACUUAUUUGAUUCUGAAGAUGGUCUGUCUAGGCUUGGAGCUGCAAAUGAGUAUCAGUUAAGUGAAAUUUCAAAUGGAAGAAGGUUUGUUGAUUUUGAAGAAUUAUGGCAUUUUUGUAAUGAUCCAAAAGUAAUCCAUGAAGCUCUUCUGCAAGAAUACCAUAAUUGGUUACCUUAUUAUAAAGAAAAAUUAUCUAGUGGUUGGGGUGAUGCAUAUAUAAAUAUCACAAGAGAGUUUGAAUCUGAGGAGAUUUGUGAUAAAGAAGAUAGAGUUGGCAGUCCUAACCAUUCAAGUGGUUCGCCAUUAGCAUGCCUAUCCCCUGAUGAUCAUCCCUUCAAAGGUUCUGGUGACAAAGAUUCACAUGAUUCAAGGAGGAUUAUGCCUUUUCAAAAUCCUAAAGAUAUUUAUAAGAGAAAUGGGGAACUUAUUGAGGCUUUGUGCAUAAACUCCAUUGAUCAAUGCCAAGGUGCCCUGGCUAGCAAUAGAAAGGGGAUAAUAUUUUUUAACUGGGAAGAUGGGGCUCUUCAUGGAGAUAAGUCAGAAUAUAUCUGGGAAGAAGCUGACUGGCCCCAUAAUGGGUGGGCAGGGUCCGAGUCCAUUCCAGUACCUACUUAUGUUUCUCCUGGUGUUGGCUUGGGGAGUAAGGAGGGUGCACACCUUGGAUUAGGUGGAGCUACGAUUGGUGCCAGUGCUUUGGUUAGACAAGGCAGGGAUUUGAAAGGUGGAGCCUUUGGGAUAUCUGGUUAUGCUGGUGUGGGAGCAUCCAACCUUGGAUGGGGGAUCCAGGAAGGAUUCGAUGAGUACGUUGAUCCACCAGCAACGGUGGACAACAUCAAGACAAUGGCAUUUGCAUCUCAUCCAUCGAGGUCUUUCUUCUUGGUUGGUUCUAGCAACACUCAUGUAUACCUAUGGGAGUUUGGCAAGGACAGAGCUACUGCAACAUAUGGAGUACUUCCAGCUGCCAAUGUCCCCCCUCCUUAUGCCCUUGCUUCUGUUUCUGCUUUGCGAUUUGACCACUUUGGACAUCGGUUUGUGACUGGUGCAUUGGAUGGCACUGUAUGCACAUGGCAGCUUGAAGUUGGUGGAAGGAGUAAUGUUUGUCCUUCGGAAUCUUCUGCCUGCUUCAAUAAUCAUACAGCGGAUGUGACUUACGUUACAGCAAGUGGAUCAAUUGUUGCUGCUGCUGGGUACAGUUCCAGUGGAGUAAAUGUUGUUGUGUGGGACACACUUGCUCCUCCAGCCACGUCUAAAGCCUCUAUAAUGUGUCAUGAAGGCGGUGCUCGAUCCCUUGCUGUUUUUGACAAUGACAUAGGAAGUGGUUCCAUUUCUCCACUUAUUCUAACUGGUGGGAAAGGGGGAGAUGUUGGAUUGCACGAUUUUCGGUACAUAGCAACUGGAAGAACAAAGAAACACAAGCACUUGGAUACUGGAGAGCAACAUAUGCAUGCUCCAUCUUCUGUAGAUAUGCGAAGCAAAACUGGGGACCAAAAUAGAAAUGGAAUGCUUUGGUACAUUCCAAAGGCUCACUCAGGUUGUGUGACCAAGAUCUGUACAAUCCCAAAUACAAGUUUUUUCUUGACCGGGAGCAAGGAUGGCGAUGUUAAACUUUGGGAUGCAAAGAGGGCCAAGCUAGUAUUCCACUGGCCAAAAUUGCACGAAAGGCACACCUUCUUUCAGCCUAGUUCUCGUGGAUUUGGAGGGGUUGUCAGGUCUGCAGUUACGGACAUUCAAGCAGUGUCUCAUGGUUUCCUAACAUGCGGUGGAGAUGGUCUGGUCAAGUUUGUGAGGUUUCAAGAUUUUGCUCCUGUGCCUCGCUGACGAGAAACCAAUGAUGAAUUUAGAUGGAAUAGGGAGGUAGCAAAGGAAGAGGAGAUCGAUCAUGGACAGACAGACAGACAGACCGACAGAUAAAUGAUGCCAUCGAUCAUGGACAGACAAACCGACAGAUAAAUGAUGCCGUCUCCUUCCCUUCCUUCCCAUUAAGGUCGAUUUCGAUUGCCAGUGGUAUGUAUGUAUAUAUAUAUAUAUAUAUGCCCCAGCUACUGUGCCUUUCUUUUCUUUCUUUCUCUCCAAUGGUAAGGAAGGAAUUGGAUCAGGCUGAAAGUAACUGUGUGGUAUGUGUAUCUGUAUUAUAGUGUCACGGGGGCAGAAAUGUCAACAUGGGACAAUAGUGAGUAUAGAGACACAAACAUACCGACAGGACCUUACAUGAAAAUAUACUGUGCCAAUUGCAAUGAUGAUUGGUUCACUUAUCAGUUU